CCCUGUUCAGGUGGGUGGUUCCUGCUAUUUCUCUUCGGGAGGGAAAUAGUUUUCGUUUCAGUACAGAGUUCCUGAAGGCGAUUGCCAGACUGACAGUUGAACACCGGGAGAUAGGUGACAGCUGGUGAUAUUAUAAGACUGGGAUACAGUAAGUGCCGGCAGUUAUAGUCGCCCACAGGGCUUCACUCUCUGCUUUGUCAGUUUCUGGUCACCUGAUUCCAAGGUUUGUCAACAAUCAGUGAGAUAAGCGCUGGCCCUGUGGCAUCAAUGAAUCUGUCAGAAGGAACCCGAUGGCUCCUGUUUUAAGGUACCAAACAUCUGUAGUGAAUCUGGUGUUGGUCUGCCAGUUACCUUUCUUGGUAUAUGGGUUUCCUCACUGGGCCGAAGAAUCCACUCCCAUGGGCAAAGAAAAAGUGUUCACUAACAGGGAAGAUGCCAGCCAAUACAUUAGGCGACAUUUGCUCUACAACCAGUUUGACUUUGAAAUGAUCGUCCCUGGCAAUUUGGAGAGGGAAUGUUACGAGGAGAUCUGCAACUACGAGGAGGCUCGGGAAGUCUUUGAGGAUCCAGAUACAGCGAUGGCAUUUUGGCAAAAAUACACCAGCAAAGAUUCCAAAGACGUUGUAAAGCUUGAUGUUGUCGGCUUACUCACUGGCAUCAUUUCUGGCGGGACGUUGCUAGUAAUCUUGGGCCUUCUUGGAUACUACUGGUAUAUGGUCUACUGUGCUCCACGAAGGCACCGUAAUGUCCAAGAUGGAAGCAUUGAAGACAGACAUAUAUCAAACAACUCCAGGAGCUCAGAGGAACUCCCUUUACAACCUACAGCCCCACUCCAGCUGCCGCCCCCUCCGUAUGACGAAGUUGUAUUGGAUGCAAGAAAUGACGAGCCCCCACCUCCUUACCCAGGGACACAGAAAAAGUCCUUUAAAAAAUCGUUAUCAAUUCCUGCACAUCAAAAGUAUCCGCUAUAGCAGCACCGUCCAACAUUUUGCCUACCAUGGGUCAAUGAUCUGCUAUUGCUUUUACCACUUGUCAGAGGGUGGGAUUCUAUUAUAAUGAUGGUGGAUGCGGUGAGCAGGAUGGGGGCCCAAAUAAAUCCCAUGGUGGGGUUACAUCUGGACCAAUGGGUCUUCAGUUAUACCAUCAUGCUGUUCACUAUAAGAAUACAUUAUCCUGAUUAAGAACAAGUGACUUAAAAUGACAUAGGGGCAGAUUUACUAAAGGGGCGAAGUGACUAACGCUGGCGAAUCUUCGUCAGCGUUACUGUUUUCAGGGACUUUGCUAACGGGCGCAGGCAUCACUACCUAAGUAGAUAGACACUAUCGGUGAUUCACACUCUAUUGCCAGGCAAAUUUUCGCUCUGGUGAAUGGACGUUACGCCGCAAAUUCAUGAUGCGGAUUUUAAUGAA